AUGCUUCGCUUACUACAGCUAAAAGAACCUGCCAAGACGGCAUGGAAAACCACCAGACAAAAAUUGAGGUACGGCGAUGACUCUCCACUAUGGGGGGCAAGUUCUGGUUCCAAGCUUCGGCAUGCGGCUGACGGCGUAGUUGUUGAGCAAACGCUCGAGCCUUGGCCUGAGCAAACGACUGUAUCGUUUGAUGAAGAAGAAGAUCAAACGGAGUUCCCAGAGGGAGGACUGCAUGCAUAUUUAGCUCUUCUGGGCUCUUUUAUGGGACUUUUGCCCGUAUGGGGCGUGACGAACUCGUUAGGUGCACUUGAAGGUUACAUCGCCACACAUCAAUUGGCUUCAAGUUCGUCAUCAGGAGUAUCGUGGAUUUUUUCCAUUUAUCUGACGCUGUUCAGCUCCAGUUGCGUUUUGACGGGAGCGUAUUUUGACCGCAACGGUGGAUUCGUUCCCCUUUGCUUGGGGUCUCUAGUGUUUGUCGGAGGACUCUUAGCCACUGCUAACUGCACGACACUUUGGCAGUUCAUCUUAUCAUUUUCCGUCGUAACCGGGUUAGCAACAGGCGCAUUAACAACGCCGCUGAUAGGAUGCAUUGCAACUUGGUUUUCCCGCAAAAGAGCAAUGGCGACCAGCAUAGCGACAAUUGGAGGUUCCUUGGGGGGCAUCGUGUUCCCACUGAUGCUCAAAAGUCUAUAUGGAGGAGUUGGGUUUUCCUGGGCAAUGAGAAUCCUGGCAUUUGUGUGCUUGGGCUGUUUAAGUUUUGCAUGCAUUUUUGCUCGCGUCAAUGAGAGCACGAAGCCCGUGACCACAGAUUUCCAUUCGCUUUCCCAAAAGACCCGUUACUACUUUCUCGGGUCUUUCCAGCUCAGCUAUUUCAAAGAUCUCAAAUAUCUACUCACGACAGCGGCGUUUUCGCUCGCGGAAAACUCCAUUAUGGGUACAAACACUUUCAUCGCAUCGUAUGCAAUGGCCCGUGGCAACUCAGAGGGCCAAGCAUUUACGAUGAUCACCGUGUCCAACGCAGUGCAGAUUUUGGGACGCUACAUUCCGGGCUACAUUUCGGACAAAUACGCGGGAAGAUUCAAUACCGUAGUAUUGAUGUCACUGUUGACUGGUGUGCUCAACCUUGUUCUUCUACUACCAUUUGGCGGGAACUCUAAAGUGCUGUGGACGUACAUGGUGUUGUACGGGUUUACGUCAGGGUCGGUGAUGUCCCUGACUGCAGUUUGCGUAGCACAGAUAUCCCGUACUCGUGAUUUUGGGAAACGCUACUCAACUUCUUAUCUACUGAGUGCCGUCAUGACGUUGCCCAUCAUUCCCGUGUGCGGUGUUCUUAUUGGGAGAGGCACCAUUGCUGAAUACGACCGCUUCAUUGUUUUCACAAGCGUGUUAAUACUGAUAGGGUCCGCUUCUUAUUUCGCAGCACGAUACUUGUGCGUGGGAUUCAGGUGGUGCAAAUUCUGA